UUUUUUUCUAAAAUCUACUUAGAAUUGUUAAAAUUACAUCAAUAUCUGGCAUAUCUAUCUACCACGUUGCCAAGUUUGUUGCAAAGAGUUGCCACGUUGGCAUUUGCCAUACUUUUUGCAAAGCUUUCUUUAUAAUUUCAAAAAAAUUUAAAUCUGAGGUAAGUGACAUAAAACAAUAUAGCUAGCUUUGCACAUGUUUGACUUUUAAUACAGUAUGCAUAUUUUCAGUUCAAUUAUGCGGAUAAUCCCAAAUGUGAAAUGAUAUAAAUAUAUUAUAUUUUAUUUUCCUUGACUUGUCAAAAGCAUUUGAUACUAUUAAUCAUAGCAUCCUGAUUAAGAAAUUAGAAUACUAUGGAAUUAGAGGUGUUGCUCUUAAAUGGUUUGAGAACUAUUUAGCCUGACAGACCUCUCAACUCUCACGCAUUCGGCGUGAGUCUCACGCAAUUCGCUUCACUCUCACACCACGAUUAGUUAUUAUAAAAUAACAUGUAUAUAACGCGUGUUCUGAUUGGUCGAAACCCGUGUUUGGAUCAGGCCAUCCAAACACGGAAGACUAUCGUGUUGUUGUUAUUUUAUAAAACAAUUACUUUAUGGUUUCCGUGUUUGGAUGGCCUGAUCCAAACACUUGGGAAUGUUGCUCGAGUUAAGAAAAGCGGGCAAAAUCACUCGCCUUCGGCUCGUGCUUUCGCUCGCUUUUCUUAACUCUCGCAACCAAACACGGAAACCAUAAAGUAAUUGUAUAAUCUCACGCAUUUAGCAGUUUCAUAGUAUUUUUUCAAUAAUAUAAUAUUGUUUAUUAUAUAAACAUAAGUGUUAUAUAGAGUUUUUGGCCACUGAGAAAAAUCGUAUUUAAACACACGUAAAAAAUACGAUAUUUUUACGUGUGAAAAUAUCAUUUGUUGUAAAACGCAUUGCCACAGACGUUUUAUUGUUUUUCACUGAAUUUUAAAUACCAGAUUUAUUUCUCGUGUUGAACAUGAUAUCUCACUUGUUCACUGCGCUCACUCGUGGGAUAUCAUGUUCAACACUCGAAAUAAAUCUGGUAUUUCCGCACACCCAUGUACUAUUCUCUAUUUACUGUAUGUCACAGAAAUACAGUUAUUGUAACUAAAGUGCCUUGUCUCAAUAAAGGACGUUAUGAAGCAAUGACGUAUUUCAUUAAAAAACACCAACUCUCAUAAUGUACGAAAUGCCAUUUCAGACGAAUAAAGCUCAAUAUUUUGGACACAAAAAUGUAAACAAAGGCUUUGUUUACAUACAGACUGUAGAUCACCUUUAACUUCUCUGCAAAGUUGAGAGGUCUGUAGCCAAUAGAAAACAAAUUGUUAAGUAUGACACAAAGUCUGAAGCAAUGACAAUAACUAGCGGUGUUCCUCAAGGCUCAAUUUUGGGGCCACUAUUAUUUUUAUUGUACAUAAAUGAUAUCCAAAAUUGCAGCAAAGUUUCCAAAAUAUUGUUUGCAGAUGACACAAAUAUUUUCCAUAGACAUUCUUGCUUAAAAAAGUUAAAUUUAAUCAUGCAAGAUGAAAUAAAUAAAAUAGCAGAUUGGAUUAGCAGCAAUAAACUAUCACUAAGGGACCGCUCAUUAUUUAUUGUACAGGGGGGGGGACUGAGGAGAAACUCUACAGUUGUAAUAUUUUUUCGUUGCCCCCUCUUAAGACAAGUAAAAUUUUCAAAGCCCCCCCCCCCAACAGGCAAAACAAGAACAUAAAUUUUGCCCCCCCCCCCUCUAGCUCUUUAUCUUUAUUUAGAGAAACAAAAACUCUAGCUAUUUAUUUUAGAGAAAGAAAAAUAGGUAAUGGGGACCAAUAGACAUUCCCAUUAUAGACUAAUUUUUUAUCUUAGCAAAAAAAGUAUAUUCCCAGGAAGGGCAUACUAAAAUUAGUAAAAUUCCAAAGUUUGGUUGCAAAAUGUUGUAAAAUAUGUAGAAAAUAUAGCCUUCCAAAGUUUGCAAAUUUUGUAUUCUUUUGUAUAAUUGCAAUUUUCGCAUGCAAUACAAAAGUGUACAAAAUUUGCAAACUUUGCAAGGCUAUAUUUUCCGUAUUUUGCAACAAUUAGCAACCAAACUUUGCAAUAAUUUACUUAUUUUAGUAUGCUCUUUCUAGCUGUGGUGAUUUAUUUGCAUCAAGGCCGGAUUUUGAGGGAAGUGUGGAGAGGUGCGCACCUCCCCAGAGAUCGUUUUGCACCUCCCCUGAGAAUUUUUCCACCUCUCUUGAAAGGUCAUGCACUUCCCCUUGGGAAAGUUUCAAUGAUGGAACAAAGUGAAAAUCUACACUUUGUGACGUAAGAAAGUUUUCUCUGUAAAAUUGAAACAGUGAUAGCCAUGUCAAGCACCCUUUUAAUGCAAUGUUUUGAAAGAAACAGUGUAGCAAUUGUAAUGAAGGGCACGAUUGGAGUCAUACAUUCAUAAUUCAUUAAUACACUGGUACAUAUUAUGUACCCUACAUGCAUACCUCACCUCGUUGAUAUUGGCCUGUUCUACAAUAAGCCCUAACUUUCCAUGGGAGUUGUGAGCUAGACCGCUGCACCUCUCCUAAAAUUUUUGUCCACCUCCCCCACUAUUUUUCACCAAAAUCCGGCCUUGAUUUGCAUCUCUUUGCCUAGUUCUAAAAUUAGUCUAUAAUGGGAAUUGUCUAUUUACAUGAACAUGAGAGACUUUUUAUUUGACUUCCAUUUAUGAAUAUUAAAGUCUAUAAAUAUUGUUAUUUGUUGUUAAGUUGUUUUGUGAUACAUUUUUAAAACUACUGUUUUUUCAAACUGGUAAAUAUUUUCAAAGCCCCCCUUCUUUCGUCUCUGUGUAAUUUUUCAAAGCCCCCCCUUUCAGGUUUUGAAAAAUUUGAAGGCCCCCCCAGUUUCUCCUCAAUCCCCCCCUGUACAAUAAAUAAUGAGCGGUCCCUAAACACAUCUAAAACAAAAUUUAUUUUAUUUAAAUCAUCAAAUAAAAGGAUUAAACAUAAUACAAUAAUAUUGAUAAAUGGACAACCAAUAAAACAAGUUAAAAAUAUACAACUUUCCUUGGUGUUGUUCAUGAUCAUAUUGAUAAAAUCUACAGGAAUAAUAUCCAAAAUUAGACAUUUCACAAAUUUUAAUACUCUUGAACUAGCCUAUUAUGCUUUAGUUUAUCCUUAUUUAAUAUACGGAAAUUUGAUUUGGGGAAACACAUAUAAGAAACGACUACAAAAAUUAAUAAACAUUCAAAAGAAAAUAAUACGAUGAAUGAUGUUCAAGUCAUAUUCUGAGCAUUCUGAACUAGUGAUGGGCGAUUACCGAUUACUUGGUAUCGAUACCACCCGAUACCAGGCCCAAACAGGAAGUAGUCGAUACUGCACAGUAUCGAAAAAGUGUUUCGAUUACUUUUAAAAUUAGACAUUCAUUAUAAUCCUGUAGUUGUGUCAUCGUUUUCAUGGUUAUUUCUAAUAAAAUUUAUGUACUUUUUGGUAUUUUGCUGCAUUUAACAAUUUAAUCAAACUUCCUUUAUACUUUAUUUGACAUUCUAUUCUCGCCGACAGAAUAAAUUAUGAAAAAGGCGGGAAAUAAAGUAAUUUUUUAUUUUUUAUGGAUUGAAAUGGCGGAUCAAAUCGUUACUGUUAAAAAUAUGUAACUUUUUGAAAAUUGGAGAAAACAAUCAUUUGGGUAAUCGAUACCUCGAUACUUUAACCAAAAAGUAAUCAGUAUCGUAUCGAAACCGAUACUGGUGGUAUCGCCCAUCACUAUUCUGAACCACUAUUCAACAAAGCAAAGAUUCUUAACAUUGAAAAAAUUAAUGAUUUUCUGAUCAGAUUAUUCAUGUUUCGAUAUCACUACUUGGAUAAUAUACAAAAAUACUUUACCAAUUACUAUGUUACUAACAACAAAAUACAUGCUUAUCAAAUUGUUGAGGAAUUGUUCCGAGGUGUUCCUUCAAGUUAGGAAAUGAAUUGGUCAACAUUUUUCGGAACUCUUCUAUUGACAUUUGUCAAUCUGUGUCAGUUGGUCAACAUUUGCGAGCUCUCUCCUUGAUGACUGAAGUGUCUGCCAAAGUAACAUAUUACUAUAUGUGGCUUAGUUAAUAAAUCAGUUCCGGUUCCGGCCAGAACUUUAACACAUGAGCUCAAUUAAGUUUUGCAGUAUUGAAUGUUUAAACCAUUAACCAAUUGAGCACCAACAUGCUCCCCUUGAUAAGUAAAAUCAUCUGUUGUUAGACAAUACAAAAGUAAAGUAGGGCACAUUUGCAUGAGCUUUUAAUAAAUUAACAAGACACGUUGGAAGAUAGUUUGGUUAAGGAGAAAGGCUCUUCCAUUGACAAGUAAAAUCGUCUGGCUUUACACAGUAAAUACUAUAUUUGGGCACAUUACGCCUUAACAGAUUUAAUAACAUCAGGCCUUAAAAUAUUGGUUGGUUAUAGACAUUGUUCGACAACUCCGACCCAGUAGUCAAAUUGUCCGACGUAGAGAAGAAACCACUGGACAUUCCGUCUGACCUAAGGGAAACUGAGCUUUGGUAUUGAAUUUAUUCCUGUCCAAUCGAACUUAACUUAACUUGGUCAACAGUACUUUUAAUGUUGAUAUGGCAUGCACAUGGUCGCUGACAAGAGACUGCCCCUGCCACCGUUCUUAAUAUGCAUGUUAUGUAAUAUAUAUUUGUAUAUAGUAAAUUAGGUUGGGUUUUUUUCCCUUCUUUUUUUGGAGGGGGUGCGCCUAGCAUGGGUCUCGUUGUCCCGUUUGUGCUAUCCCCUUUGGACUUAAACUUGUAAAUGUUUCUACUAUAUUUGUCCAAUAAAGCUGAUAAAUAUCUGAACUCAUGUAUAUAAGCCUUGUCCAGCGGAGGCUCGUAUGUUAAAUGGAGAAUCAGAGUAUAAAAAGUGAACUGGAAAUGUUGUUUUAAUGUCAUCAAGCAUGGGGCGGCGAGCGAAAUGGUGAAGUGGAAAACAGGGUUACGUUGUCGAAAUCGCGCUGCUAUUAAUAUUGGGAAGCAAGUUAAUCUUGGCUUGGAAAUUAGUAUGACAAAAAUUAUUUAAUAUCUUCACAACAUUUAGUUCAGAAUUGAUUACAUUGUGCUGAUAUUAAUUUGCGUCAUUCAGACUUAUUUCCGAGCCAAACUGAACUGAAGGUCAUCAGACAUCAUCAUACAUACUAUUACUGUAAUGUCCGAUCCAAACUCAAAGUCACUGGAUAUUUUGUCAGACAGCCCUGUAAAAUAUAUUUAAAAUAAAAUAAGGCCGGUAACAUUGUACCAUUAUCACUAUUAUCAAUAAAUUUACUUGAAGUAACAUUUUGUCACAGUAGAGCGACAUGUCUGGAAAGAAGGUGAUUAUGGUGACAGGAGGUACCGGCCUGGUUGGCCAGGCUGUCAGGAGCAUUGCAGAGGCUGAAGAAAGACGGGAAAAUGAAGAAUGGAUAUUUCUAUCAUCGAAAGAUGGUGACUUAGGGUGGUGUAUUUAUUAACACUUUCUAACAUGUAGCAGACUUGCGUAGCUUAUCGCCAAAUACAAUAAACGUUUUUGUAAUUUAUGUAAUUUCUAGAGAGAAUUUCAGUAAGCUAACUUUAUUUAUCCCUGCAUACCUCUAUCAGUUCUACACUGUUCUUCCUAGAGGUCCAGUAAGGCUCAUCUCUUAUUGAUCCAGUGUUACUACAGGAGGAAACCUAAACUAAACUAACUUCAUUUAUACUUGACACCUCUAUCAGUUCUAAAGUUUUCUUCCUAGAGGUCCAGUAAUCAUCUCUUAUUGAUCCAGUGUUACUACAGGAGGAAACCUAAACUAAACUAACUUCAUUUAUACUUGACACCUCUAUCAGUUCUAAACUGUUCUUCCUAGAGGUCCAGUAAGGAUCAUCCCUUAUUGAUCCAGUGUUACUACCAGUUCUAUCAGUUCUAAAUAUAGAAGUCUCUUUGUUUUCACAGCAAUAUGGAAGCAACAAAAGCAAUAUUUGAGAAAUACAAACCAACACAUGUGAUCCACCUGGCUGCAAUGGUUGGAGGGCUAUUCAGAAACCUGAAAUAUAAUCUUGACUUCCUUGUAAGUUUUGUCAGCUAAGGCUAAUAGAGUUUCAUGUUCAACAUAUAUGGAAUGCUGUAAUUGUUAUGUACCGUAACAAGUUUAUUUCGUUUUAAUUGUAGCGACAAAAUAUUCUCAUAAACGACAAUGUUCUACAGUGUUCAUAUGAAUAUAAGGUGGGCAUACUGCAAUAUAAAGAUACUGUCACCAUAAUAUCAAAAAAUACUAUUCAACGUCUCCUAACAGGCCCCUCUCCUUAAGGGCACCUCUCUGGUAUGGACCAGCUGUCUCCCGCAGCUCUCAAACAGAGACACCUCUCUAUAAAUAGAUCUCUCUCCAAUAUGGACAUCUCUCUAAUACAGACAUCUUUUUAAUAUGGGCAUCUCUCUUAUAGAGACACCUCUCUAAUACAGACAUCUCUCUAAUAUAGGCACCUCUCUAAUACAGACAUCUCUCUAAUAUGGGCACUUCUCUAACACAGACAUCUCUCUAAUAUGGGAACCUCUCUAAUACAGACAUCUCUCUAAUAUGGGCACUUCUCUAAUACAGACAUCUCUCUAAUAUGGGAACCUCUCUAAUACAGACAUCUCUCUAAUAUGGGCCACCUCUGUAAUACAGACACCUCUCUAAUAUGGGCACCUCUCUAAUACAGACACCUCUCUAAUACAGACACCUCUCUAAUACCAACAUCUCUCUGAUAUGGACACCUCUACCACACACACCUCUCUAAUAGUGAGUUAAUUUAAUAUCACGCUAAAUGAAUACAAACUUUUCUCUAGGUUCAAAAAUGUGUAUCAUGCCUUUCAACAUGCAUAUUCCCAGACAAGACAACAUACCCCAUAGAUGAAACAAUGGUCCAUGAUGGCCCACCUCAUGACUCAAACUUUGGAUACUCCUAUGCCAAACGUUUGAUUGAUAUACAAAAUAAGUGAGUGAAUGACUUUGACUUGACAUUUGCC